GUUGGAGAUAUAGAAGGGGGCGCAAAAAGCUCUGCCUCUGAGAGGCGCCCUAGGCAACCGCCUAUGUCGCCUGUAGGAAAGACCGGCCCUGUUCUAUUUUAUGAUAUCAAUAAUCUCAGACAAUAUUCCGCUGUUACAGACACGUGAUUCAAAUAAUCUUAGCUGUUGCAAAGGGGUCUGCUUCUCCACCCAUCCACUGGGGGCGCCGAGUUUAAUGAUCCCACUUACUCGGAUGUCCCUCACAGCUUGUCGUAGUCCAGGAACAAGGGUUUCACAAUUGAACCGGCGUGACUUUCACAGGCUGACAUCCAUUCACGGUUGUGUAAAGGUGGCCCAAUCUGCCCUGGUUUAAUAGCCAAAAUGAGAGUCCUAAAAGCAGGUUUAACCUUAUCUCAACGGCAUUUAAAGAAGCCCGGAACAUUAACUGUGAAACAGGUUCUAUUAAAUAGUUGUCGGUCAUGUUCCUCUGGCCUCAUUCCCAACGAGAGAAUACGCAAUAUUGGCAUCUCUGCACAUAUUGACUCGGGGAAGACCACUCUUACCGAGCGAAUAUUAUACUACACCGGACGGAUAGCUGAAAUGCACGAGGUGAAGGGCAAGGACGGGGUCGGGGCUGUCAUGGACUCCAUGGAGUUGGAGAGACAGAGGGGAAUCACCAUUCAGUCGGCCGCCACAUACACCAUGUGGAACGAUUACAACAUCAACAUCAUUGAUACUCCCGGUCACGUUGACUUCACCAUUGAGGUUGAGCGCUCCUUGCGGGUGCUGGACGGAGCGGUCCUGGUUCUGUGUGCGGUGGGAGGGGUGCAGUGUCAGAGCAUGACAGUCAACAGGCAGAUGAAGCGCUACAACGUGCCCUUCCUCACCUUCAUCAACAAGCUGGACCGCAUGGGAUCCAACCCAAACCGAGCCCUGCAGCAGCUCAGGACCAAGCUUAACCACAACGCUGCCUUUGUGAACAUCCCCAUUGGCCUGGAGGGCAAUCUGAGGGGCCUUGUGGACCUCAUCGAGGAGCGCAGUAUCUACUUUGAAGGGCCAUUUGGUCAGAGUAUGCGUUAUGAUGAGAUCCCAGCUGAGAUGCGCGCCGAGGCUGCCGACCGCAGGCAGGAGCUGGUGGAGUGUGUGGCCAACGCGGACGAGACCCUGGGAGAGAUGUUUCUAGAAGAGAAGAUCCCCACCGUUGGUGACCUGAAGGCUGCCGUGCGUAGGGCCACUAUCCAGCGCAACUUCUCCCCAGUGCUGGUGGGCAGCGCCCUGAAGAAUAAAGGAGUCCAGCCUCUCCUGGAUGCCGUGCUGGAGUACAUGCCCAACCCCACCGAGGUCAACAACUACGCCAUCCUCAACUCAGAGGAUUCAAUUGAAGGCACUAAACUGCGGAUGGACCCUACCCGAGAUGCAUCCAAGCCAUUUGUGGGCCUGGCCUUCAAGUUGGAGGCCGGGCGUUUUGGUCAGUUGACCUACAUGCGUGUGUACCAAGGCUGCCUGAAGAAAACCGAGUACAUCUACAACACACGCACCAACAAGAAGGUCAGGGUUCAGAGGCUUGUACGGCUGCACGCUGACCAGUUGGAGGAUGUGGAUGAGGUGUAUGCUGGCGAUAUCUGUGCCCUGUUCGGGAUCGACUGUGCCAGUGGAGACACCUUCACUGCCCGCACUAGUGCCAACCUAUCCAUGGAGUCUAUUCACGUCCCCGACGCUGUGAUCUCAAUGUCCAUGAAACCCGCCGUCAAGAAUGACAUGGACAAGUUCUCAAAAGGCAUCAACCGCUUCACGCGUGAGGACCCCACCUUCAGGGUGCACUAUGACACGGAGAACAAGGAGACCAUCAUCUCUGGCAUGGGAGAGCUCCACCUGGAGAUCUACUCACAGAGAAUGGAGAGAGAGUAUGGUUGUCCGUGUGUGAUGGGCAAACCCAAAGUGGCCUUCAGAGAGAGCGUCACUGGAUCUGUGCCGUUUGAGUUCACGCACAAGAAACAGUCAGGAGGCUCGGGUCAGUACGGUAAAGUUGUUGGAGUUCUGGAGCCGCUGGACCCAGAGCACAACACCAAACUGGAGUUUGAGGACCGCACCAUUGGAACCAACGUCCCUAAGCAGUUUGUGCCGUCUGUGGAGAAGGGCUUCAGGGACGCAUGUGAGAAAGGCCCUCUGACGGCACAUAAGAUCUCUGGUGUGAGGUUCGUGUUGGAAGACGGAGCCAAUCACAUGGUCGACUCCAAUGAAAUCUCCUUCAUCCGUGCUGGGGAAGGUGCUCUCAAGCAAGCUAUGGACGAUGCUAACGUGGUGAUUCUGGAGCCGAUCAUGUCUGUGGAGAUCGUGGCACCCAAUGAGUUCCAGGGGCCAGUCAUUGCCGGGGUCAACCGUCGCCAUGGUGUCAUCACAGGACAGGAUGGAUUGGAAGACUACUUCACUCUCUAUGCCGAUAUUCCCCUGAAUGACAUGUUCGGCUACUCCACAGAGCUGCGGUCCGGCACAGAGGGGAAAGGAGAGUACACUAUGGACUACAGCAGAUACCAGCCCUGUCUGCCAGUCGUCCAAGAAGAGCUCAUCAACAAACAUCUGGAGGCAACAGGACAACUUCCUGCCAAGAAAGGCAAAUGGAAAAACUGAGCCUGAGGCCAAAUACACACACUCACACACACACACACACACACACACACACACACAAACAGUGCUCUCAAAGAAACAUUUGGCAUAGCUGUCUCGUUGAAGGGCCUCAGUUGCCAGUGACGGAUUCAACUUCAGUUUUUCAUUUUAUAUAACAAGGACAGUGAGGAUGGGGCUAUUGAGUUAAGAUGUGUGAGUUAAGAUAAUACAUGUUUUCUCUUCAUUCAUAUCUGCACCUACCCUGCCGUCAUCCCUUGUCCCAGGUCAUCAGUAGUUAACAGCAUGGGUAUCAGAGACGGCCCCGCUGAUCAAAAAGCAAAGCUCAUACCAGAUGAGCUUGAAGUCAAAACUUCAUCACUACACACAGAGAUGAUUUUUCUUCCUCCCGUCUCCUAUGUUUCUCCCUGUCCUUUUUCACCCACAGAGUAAUUUAUAAAUUUUUAGACUUUCCUCUAUCAGACCUGUAUGGCUGCUGCUCCCCUCUGGACGGGAUUACACCUGGACAGAGGGGUGGACGUGGGCUUGUACAGUGGAUUGCUUUUGUACUGUGUACAGCGGAUGUUGAUGAUAAAGCAAGUGUAAUUAAAGACUGUUUUAAUUACAUUA